AGCUGCAGUCGGGAAGCGUGGACAGCAGGUCCUGAAGCGCGCAUGGGGCUGGGCCCGCGUUCCGCUCACAAGGCGCGGCGCCAGUUCCCGGGCGCAAGCCGACGGGGACGUGCGGCCCGGGGCUCGGGGCGUCCCCCUCCGGGCCGCGAUGGGUGUCCGCGGCUGCCGGCGGGCGCGUGUGCGGAGAAGGCCCCGGAGGCUCUCCCGCACCUGAGCCCGGAGGCUCUCGGGUAUUUCCGACGGGCGCUGUCAGAGCUGAAAGUGGCUCCCGACGCCGCUGAAGAGCGAGCCUUGAUGGUGCGCAAUAUUUUGAAGGAAGUGGAGGCUCAGGCUCUAGCCUUGGCCACGAACAGGACCGGUAGCGAAAUGCUGCAGGAGCUUUUGGGGUUCAGUCCUUUGAAACCUCUGUGUCGAGUGUGGGCUGCUCUGCGCCCCAACUUGCGCUUCGUGGCCUGUCAUCGGUGUGGGGUCCACGUGUUACAAAGUGCUUUGCUGCAAGUGCCUCGGUUACUGAAGAGUCCUGCAGAAGCAGAGGAGGAGGAUGACGAGGAGGAGGAGGAAGAGGAGAAGGAUGGGCCCUUGCAGACUCUGGAGGAGCUCGUCCUGGGACUAGCUGCUGAAGUGUGUGAUGAUUUUCUUUUCUUCUGUGGAGACACACAUGGCAGCUUUAUGGUCAGAACUCUGCUGCAAGUAUUGGGAGGUACUCUACUGGAGUCUGAGAAAGCCAGGCCCCGCGGUUCCCAGUCAUCUGAAACACAAAGGCCCUCAGCUCGGGACUGUAAACCAAGUGAUUUUGAGGUUCCUAAAACCUUCUUGAAUCGCCUUCAGGACCUGAGCGCCUGCUUUCUGAAGGACAUUGCUGUAUUUAUCACCAACAAGAUCUCCAGCUUUUGUCUUCAAGUGGCCUUACAGAUCUUACACCGCAGAUUGCCCCAGCUUUGUGCCCACCUCUGUGAUGCUGUCAUUGAUUACCUGAGUUCUCGCAGUUCUUCAGCGGGUGGCAGCCCUCUACUCCUAUUUCUUCGGGAUCAGACAAGCUCCAGACUCUUGGAGCAGGUGCUACUGGUAUUAGAACCGGAGAGGUUCCAGCGCCUCUUUGAGGAUUACUUUCAGGGUCAGCUGCAUUCCUUGGCUGCACAUCCCAUUGCUAACUUCCCAUUGCAGCGCUUACUGGAUGCAAUCACUUCUCCUGAAUUGCUAGCCCUUGUGUUUGAGGAGCUGAGCCCUGCCUUGGAAGCUGUGCUGGCCCAGGGCCACCCAGGGGUAGUUGUCGCUCUGGUAGAAGCCUGCCGCAGGGUUGGGACUCACCAGGCCCAGGUCUUGCAGCUGUUACUGGAGGCGUUCCACUGCGCAGAGCCCUCAUCCCGGCAAGUAGCCUGUGUGCCUCUCUUUGCCUCUUUGUUGGCUUAUGAGGUAUACUAUGAACUAAUGGAGGAGGAGGGGGCAGAGCCUGCAGAACAUCAGGUAGACAUGGCCACAACAAGAGCUCUGAGAGAAGUGACAGUACUUGGGUCUUUACUGCUCCAGCAUUUGCUGUAUUUCUCCAAUCCUGGACUCAUACUUCGAAGUCUGAGUGCCUUGACAGGAUCACAGCUUCUGGCUCUGGCCCAAAGUCCUGCUGGCUCUCAUGUAUUUGAUGCCAUCCUGACUAGCCCCUCUGUGACACACAAGCAGCGUCGACGUGUGCUGAAGACACUAAAGGGACAGUACGUGGCUCUUGCCUGUAGCCGCCAUGGCAGCCGUGUAUUAGAUGCCAUCUGGAGCGGAGCAGCUUUGGGGGCCCGGACAGAAAUUGCUGCUGAAUUGGGAGAGCAGAAUCAGGAGUUGAUUCAAGAUCCUUUUGGCCACCAUGUGGCUCGAAAUGUGGCCCUGACUACCUUCUUGAAGCGGCGAAAAACUUGGGAAGAACAGCAGAGUGCUGUGGCCAAGAGAAGACGGUUACUGAACUCAAUCCUUGAUGACUGAGGUCUCUUGAUAGGGAGGGUGAAAGGACAUGGUUAUUUUUCCUGGUUGAAAUUGGAGCCAAAAGUCCUAAUGGAGCAAGAUGUAAAACACAAAACUGUAAACCUACUACUACCCAGGAGGUUGAAACAAGAAUAUCAAGAAUUCAAGGCCAGCCUGGGCUGUGGCAGCCAUAUCCUGUUCAUCCCUUUGUCUGUCUAUCCCACCCCCAUCGCUACCCCCAAGGCAUACUGGUAAACAUUUUUUGUAUUUUUC